CAGCAGGGAAUCCAGGGAAGGCUCACGAGGUGCUGCUGCUGCGGCAGGCGCUUCGGCCAAGCGAUACCGUGAGCGCUGCGCAGGGCAGCCAUGGUGCGGAGUGGGAAAAACGGCGGGCUGCACCUGAGGCAGAUCGCGCACUACCGGCGCACCGGGGAGUACCACCCCUCCACGCUCGCCAGCGAAAGAAGCGGCAUCAGAAGAGCGGCCAAAAAAUUUGUUUUCAAAGAAAACAAAUUGUUCUAUGUUGGAAAAGACAGAAAACAAAUGCGCUUGGUGAUUGUUUCGGAGGAGGAGAAGAAAAGGGUGCUAGAGAAAUGCCAUGAAAAUGCAGCAGGCACUCACCACGGCAUAUCAAGGACACUGACUUUAGUGGAGUCUAAUUACUACUGGACCUCCGUAACAAAUGAUGUCAAACAGUGGGUGUAUGCUUGCCAGCAUUGCCAGGGGGCAAAGACUUCAACGAGCACAGCACCCACACUGCACCCUAUCAAAGCAGAGGACCCCUGGGCGGCAGUUGCUGUAGACCUCAUGGGACCUUUCAGCGCAACCAGCAGAAGCCACAUGAACAUCCUUAUUCUGACAGAUCUGUUCACCAAGUGGACAGUUCUCCUGCCGCUGUGCCAUACUUCGGCAGCUGAAAUUGCUAAGGCAAUUGUAAGUGUGUUUUUCUUAUACGGACCUCCUCAGAAAAUGCCCAUGGAUCAAGGGAAGGAGCUUGUCCAUCAGAUAAACCAAGAACUGUUUGCGCUCUUCGGAAUGAAACAGAUAGUACUGGGUUACCCUCAGCCAGAUGCCCUAAAUGAAAGAACAAGCAGGAUGAUCAAAGCUUUCCUUAACAGCUACUGCACGCAGCAUCCAGAUGAUUGGGAUGAGCAUUUACCUGCUAUUGCCUAUGCUUUCAAUUUGAUUAAUAUGGAGCCAGAUGAAAGCACCCCAUAUUUCCAAAUGUUUCACCGUAACCCACACGUGGCUGAGUCAACAAAUGUGUGUGGGGAAAGAGAAGACAGCAUCUUUGCCAGAAUAUUUGAAGCAACGAAGAAGGCCAGGCAAGCUCUGGAGGAAGAGAAAACCACCGGCUGUCAGGUAGCUAAAGUCACAUCAGAUGAACAGAGAACCCAAAACAAGCUUACUGGCCAAAGAAAGCCAAAACAGAUAAAUCCCCUUCGCCUUCAGGUUGGGCACGAAGUGCUGAGGCAAAGGAAGAACUGGUGGAAGGAUGGCCGCUUCCAGUCAGAAUGGGUCGGGCCUUGUAUCAUCGACUACAUCACCGACAGCGGCUGCGCCGUGUUAAGAGAUGCCACGGGAUCCAGGCUGAAAAGACCCAUCAAAAUGUCUCACCUUAAGCCAUACAUAAGAGCGUCCAGCGAAAAAGACGACCAUUACUGCCCACACGGAGCGGCAGUCGUCGACCACGACUACCUUGGCUCGUGUGAGAGCCCACGUGAUCCACGGCAGCAAGACCCCGCGGAGCGCGGGGGAACAAAGGCCUGUGCGGCAGCUGUGGGGUCUGCUCUGCCAGUCCCCGCUGCGGCUGGCAGAGACCGGGCAGCAGCGGGAGGCAAAGGGCAGCCUGGGCUGAGGGAGGCGCGUGCCGCUGAACCCAGCCCCGCCAGGCCGCAGCAGCGGCCUUCACCCUGCUGGGCUCUUCAGACCAAGACAGAGGCUACCUAAGCAAAGAAUCGCACACCAUCUUUUACUGGCAUGUUUUCAACUUCUGGGGCACCACCGGAACAGUUUUAAUAGCCCCAAGUUCCUUGGACAAAGGCACUUCUCUUGGCACUACUCUAUGUACUUAAACACUGCACAUCUGCAGCCUUCUUAAGUGGCACGGGCAUUAAGAAGCGACCCAUGUGUCACCAGCCAUAGUGGCACAACCUCGAAGCAGCACAUCACCUUCAUGCAGUUAAUUAGACACUCUGGUGGUAGAUAUGGAUGUACACAGCAAGGUGGCCCUGCCUCCCUGUGCAUCGUCUCAGGGCACAUCACACCAUUUCAUUCCAGUGACCUUUUCAUCAGUCCUCAGCUGACUCAUUCUUAACAUGCACAGAUAUUGUGGGAUGAAUUUAACCUAAGCAAUUUAAUAUAAAUUUUGCCUCCAGUGCUGAAAGAGUCAAGAAGCUUAUGUCCUCCCUUCUUUUGUUAUAAAGUCCUUUCCCAUUCUUUUUGGGAAGCUGCAAACUCUGACCUUUACAGCUUUUAUUCUUGAGUUUAGCCCACAGCCCUAAGAUCUCACAGAACAGUAAAGCUGCCAGAAUCAAGUACAGACAGGGCCGUACACAUGAAGCAACGGGGCCUGCAGCUGCUCCCUGCUCAUCAAAACUUUAGUAGGGAAAGCAAUUUUAGUCUCCCAGGCAAGUCAGAAUCUGAAGGGUGCUCAGCAUUUGCUUGUGCUCUCUUCACAACUCUCUGAUUUCCCCUGCUUACUUCCCUCUUUCUUCUCAGACUUAGAACAGGUUUGGAGGAGAAUUCCUUUUCUUCCAUGGCCUGUGCUCUAGGAAACACGAAGGACCCAUGUUGUUUAUUCUCUGAAUUCCUUGACCCACCUGCGAUUGGCCUGCACCUCCUGCUGAGAGGACAGCAUCAGAGCACUGGCAAAAUCUAUCUACUGUUACACUCAGUUGGACAGUAAUUGAUGAGUGCAGGAGGGUUCAGUUAGUCUUAGGCAGAAGGACUUAAGUCUUCAAGGCUGUUUGGAUACGAAACUUAUUCAGAAAUUCCUACAUGUCUUAUGGUUUGACCUGUAUCACAGGUCAUGGCUAUGUAAGAACUCAGUAUCAUCAUGCUGUUCUCAAAUCACAUCCUAAAAUGCUUUCUAAAUAUAAAGUACUUCAUGUAGUCCUACAUACACCUUUUUUUCCUCCACUGAGACACUUUCACUAAGAACAGGCCUAACAAGGACAACUGGAUGUUCUCUCCUAACAGCCUCUUCCUGUACGUCAAC